AUGGGCAUCGUGAAGUACGUGGGACUCGUGUUGGGCCCUGAUCCCAAUUAUCGUGGGCUGGCGAGGCUCCUGGACGAGCGAUUCUUCGAUGGGCGCCUCCAGGGGUUCACGGUGUGGCGGACUAAGGACUACAAAAGCUGUUUCGGCUACACCGAUUUCCUGCGGAAGAAGAUCGUCCUUCAAGAAUGUCUCUUCUACGCAGGGAUGAGCAGGACUUGCCUGGUGCGCAUCCUCGUCCACGAGAUGUGCCAUGCCCACGUUGACAUUCUAGGUGGGAACAGGGCGGAAAAUGGGUCCCAUGGGCCCAAUUGGAGGGCGGAGCUGGAGAGGCUGAAUCUGGCCCUCCAAAUUAACAUCGAGGACGAGAGUGACGUUGAUUGGAGGAGGCCGCGUGAAUCCGGCUUGAAUAUUUUAUACAGGUGCGAGAAGUGCGGGAGGAAACAGGUUCGAGGAAUAAGGAGGCCUCCGGAUGCCAGUUUUUACUCCUGGUUUUCCCGCCAUGAGAAGCGUUGUGGGGGUGCCAUUAUUGAGUGGCCCUACGAGAGCUGGGAUGAAGAUUAG